CACCCCGACCCCACCCCUCUGUACCACUCCCGCUUCCCCUCACCUCCGUCCCCGGCCCAGCAGCGCCCGGGGACCCCCCCGCCGCAUGGAAUAUCCGGCAGCUGGCUGAGCCCCACGCUGAGAAGCCGGCUCCCCGACGGGGAAACGGAGCCGGAGGCAACUCGGAGCCUGUGGAGAGUGUCACUGCAGGGGGAGAAGCUGGAAAAUCCACUCACCUGCUCCCUGGCAGUGAGCAAGGUGCUUUCCUGGCACGUGUGGAGAAGAGGGAGGCAGGGCUUAAGCCAUCCAUUCCUACAGAACUUAACCAGCCCUUCUUGAUCUUUUCCACGGUCAGAAUCUGUCCUGAUGCAGCCCUGCCCUUCCAGCAAGAGGUCUCAUGGUGCCAAGUGACGUGUCCCUCCUGUGAGACUCGAUCCCCAGACCCGCCUGAGACAAUGUCAGGAAUGCAGGCCAUUUGGCCAUCCGGUACGGAAUGUAUCGCCAAGUAUAACUUCCAUGGCACCGCCGAGCAGGACCUCCCAUUCAGCAAAGGAGACGUGCUCACCAUCGUCGCCGUCACCAAGGAUCCCAACUGGUACAAAGCCAAAAACAAGGUGGGCCGUGAGGGGAUCAUCCCUGCCAACUAUGUUCAGAAGCGGGAAGGAGUGAAAGCUGGAACCAAACUCAGUCUGAUGCCCUGGUUCCAUGGGAAGAUCACGCGGGAGCAGGCAGAGCGGCUGCUAUACCCCCCAGAGACGGGCCUCUUCCUGGUGCGGGAGAGCACCAACUACCCGGGCGACUACACCCUGUGUGUGAGCUGCGAGGGGAAGGUGGAGCAUUACCGCAUCAUCUACUCCUCCAGCAAGCUCAGCAUCGACGAGGAGGUCUACUUCGAGAACCUCAUGCAGCUGGUGGAGCAUUACACCACGGACGCCGACGGGCUCUGCACACGCCUCAUCAAACCCAAACUCAUGGAGGGGACGAUAGCGGCUCAGGAUGAGUUCUCCAGAAGCGGCUGGGCCCUCAACAUGAAGGACCUGAAGCUUCUGCAGACCAUCGGCAAAGGGGAGUUUGGAGAUGUGCUGCUGGGCGAUUACCGUGGCAACAAGGUCGCCGUGAAGUGCAUUAAACACGAUGCCACUGCGCAGGCCUUUCUGGCGGAGGCCUCGGUGAUGACGCAACUCCGACACAGCAACCUGGUACAGCUGCUGGGGGUGAUCGUGGAGGAGAAGAGUGGUCUCUACAUCGUCACUGAAUACAUGGCAAAGGGAAGCCUAGUCGAUUACCUGCGAUCCCGAGGGAGAUCUGUGCUGGGGGGCGACUGCCUGCUGAAGUUCUGCUUAGAUGUCUGUGAAGCCAUGGAGUAUCUGGAAGCCAACAACUUUGUCCACCGGGACCUGGCGGCGAGGAACGUGCUAGUCUCAGAGGACAACAUCGCCAAAGUCAGCGACUUUGGGCUGACAAAGGAGGCAUCGUCCACUCAGGACACGGGGAAGCUGCCGGUGAAAUGGACGGCGCCGGAAGCACUUAGAGAAAAGAAAUUCUCCACCAAGUCGGACGUGUGGAGCUUCGGGAUCCUCCUCUGGGAAAUCUACUCCUUCGGGCGAGUGCCUUAUCCGAGAAUUCCUCUGAAGGACGUCGUUCCCCGCGUGGAGAAGGGGUACAAGAUGGAUGCCCCCGACGGCUGCCCCCUGGUUGUCUACGAGGUGAUGAAAAACUGCUGGACCCUGGACCCCAUCAUCCGGCCUUCCUUCCACCAACUACGGGAACAGCUAGAGCAUAUCAAAGGCAACGAGCUCUACCUGUGAGACGGGGGGGCGGGGCUUCCUCAAGACAUCCCCCCCUUCUCCCUUCGGUCCUGCCCCACCCCCCUGCUCAGGUAGCGGGGGUGGGGGAGGGGCCAGAUAGGGGAGGGGCGAAGGACUGAGCGAGCUGCUGGACCUGCUCCACCCAUGGAACUAUCCUAGAGAGACAUAUUGGACUUGUGCAUAUCCCCGCCCUGGCUCUGCCUCCCCUUCCCCGGGUCGCUUAGGCUGGGCUGGCUGGAGAUGCGGGAGUGAGAUGGAUUGAUCAAGGCUGCCCCCACCACCUUGUCCCUGUAGAAACCAAACUGGGGAGGGAAUCCUACUAUUUUAGUGGCAUGUUGUUACCCCCACACUCCCUCCCUGCCCCCAACCGCCGAUCCUUCCCCAUAGUUUCUCUUCCUUGAUUUCUCCCUGGAAUCACAUCUCUGUUUCUCCAACUCACAGGAUCGCAACAGAGGGGACAGGGUGGGGACGACUGAGGAGGGAAGCCAGGCCGGGGGAUGGGGGAGAGGAUAAAUGGGGGACGCCUUACUGCUGCAGGUAUUUCCUGCUCCUCACACGAGUCCUGCGAUUGCUUAAAAACUUCCGAGUCAGUUGUUUUCUCUGGGUUUUUUUCGGUUAUUUUUUAUUAUUUCAAAUGGAAACGGGCCAGCCAAGUGCUGGGGUUUUACUAAAGUACGAAUCUCUUAUUUUUUAAUGUAAUUGAAAAAAAAAUUUAAAAAAAGGUUUAAAAAAGAGAGAAAUGGACCCACCCGAAAGGAAGGAAAAUCCCAAAUCUGCUAACUGACUGGGUGAAAUAACUGAGACACCAAGGGUGAUUGUUGAAUUGUUUCGCUUUAACUUGUUGCAGUGUUUUGCAUGCCAUCUCCAGAGGCCUUUUCCAGUCCUGUCCAGUGCUUUAUUCUCAUGUAAUGCUGCCAACUGUGAGAUUAAACUGUAAUAAAACCAUUCCAUAUGGACACACAC